CCCUGCUGGACCUUGGUUCCGUGGUGCACAUGGAGUGUAGGACUCAGGGGUCUGGGCCAGAGUGAGCGAAGCCUGAGGCCCAAGAUGGAGAAGAAACGAAGAAAGAAAUGAAAGCCUCAUUUCAGGCCAAGCCACAAGAGGCCAUGAAAUUUAACUUUUAUUUACGUUGGACAAGACUGUGAAAUGGCGGAUCAGUAAUGUUUCAGCUGAAAGCUGGAACAAAAAUUAACUUAUAAUCAAGGAAGAAAAAAGUGCGAUUUGAGUUUAUGCGAUUUUAUGACCAUACUCACUUACGACCAUGAAGCUUGUCAACAUCUGGCUGCUUCUGCUGGUGGUUUUGCUCUGCGGGAAGAAGCAUCUGGGCGACAGACUGGAAAAGAAACCCUUUGAAAAGGCCCCAUGCCCUGGCUGUUCCCACCUGGCUUUGAAGGUGGAGUUCUCCUCAACGGUUGUGGAAUAUGAGUACAUUGUGGCUUUCAAUGGAUACUUUACGGCCAAAGCUAGAAAUUCAUUUAUUUCAAGCGCCCUGAAGAGCAGUGCAAUUGACAACUGGAGAAUUAUACCUCGAAACAAUCCAUCCAGUGACUAUCCUAGUGAUUUUGAGGUGAUUCAGAUAAAAGAGAAACAGAAGGCGGGGCUGCUGACUCUUGAAGACCAUCCAAACAUCAAGCGGGUAACACCCCAGCGGAAAGUCUUUCGUUCCCUCAAGUACACAGAGGCAGAGCCCGGCUCGCCCUGUAACGAGACUCGCUGGAGCCAGAAGUGGCAGUCGUCACGGCCCCUGCGCAGGGCCAGCCUCUCCCUGGGCUCCGGCUUCUGGCACGCCACUGGGAGACACUCGAGUCGGCGGCUGCUCAGGGCCAUCCCGCGCCAGGUCGCCCAGACGCUGCAGGCCGACGUGCUGUGGCAGAUGGGCUACACAGGCACUAAUGUAAGGGUUGCCGUGUUUGACACUGGGCUAAGUGAGAAGCACCCCCACUUCAAAAACGUGAAGGAGAGAACCAACUGGACCAAUGAGCGAACGCUGGACGACGGGUUGGGCCAUGGCACGUUCGUGGCAGGUGUGAUAGCCAGCAUGAGAGAGUGCCAGGGAUUUGCUCCCGAUGCAGAACUUCAUAUUUUCAGAGUCUUUACCAACAACCAGGUCUCCUACACGUCCUGGUUCCUGGACGCCUUCAACUACGCCAUCCUGAAGAAGAUUGAUGUACUGAACCUGAGCAUUGGCGGCCCCGACUUCAUGGACCACCCCUUCGUCGACAAGGUGUGGGAAUUAACAGCUAACAAUGUCAUCAUGGUUUCUGCCAUUGGCAAUGACGGGCCUCUUUAUGGGACUCUGAACAACCCUGCUGACCAGAUGGAUGUCAUCGGGGUGGGCGGCAUCGACUUUGAGGACAACAUCGCCCGCUUCUCCUCACGGGGAAUGACCACCUGGGAGCUGCCUGGAGGCUAUGGCCGCGUGAAGCCUGACAUUGUCACCUACGGCGCCGGAGUGCGGGGCUCGGGCGUGAAAGGGGGGUGCCGGGCCCUCUCGGGGACCAGUGUGGCUUCCCCGGUGGUGGCUGGUGCUGUCACCUUGCUGGUGAGCACAGUCCAGAAACGUGAACUGGUGAACCCAGCCAGCAUGAAGCAGGCCCUGAUCGCGUCCGCCCGGCGGCUUCCCGGUGUCAACAUGUUUGAGCAAGGCCACGGCAAGCUGGAUCUCCUCCGAGCCUAUCAGAUCCUCAACAGCUACAAGCCCCAGGCCAGUUUGAGCCCCAGCUACAUCGACCUGACCGAGUGUCCUUACAUGUGGCCCUACUGCUCCCAGCCUAUCUACUAUGGGGGCAUGCCGACUAUCGUCAACGUUACCAUCCUCAACGGAAUGGGAGUCACGGGGAGGAUCGUGGACAAGCCCGAGUGGCAGCCCUACUUACCGCAACACGGAGACAACAUCGAGGUCGCUUUCUCUUACUCCUCAGUGCUAUGGCCCUGGUCCGGCUACCUGGCCAUUUCCAUCUCUGUCACCAAGAAGGCUGCCUCCUGGGAAGGCAUCGCGCAGGGGCACGUCAUGGUCACCGUGGCUUCCCCGGCAGAGGUGGACUCAAACAGUGGUGCAGAACAGACGUCCACAGUGAAGCUGCCGAUCAAGGUGAAGAUCAUCCCCGCCCCUCCCCGGAGCAAGCGCGUCCUCUGGGACCAAUACCACAACCUGCGCUAUCCGCCCGGCUAUUUCCCCCGGGACAACCUGAGGAUGAAGAACGACCCUCUGGACUGGAACGGUGACCACAUCCACACCAACUUCAGGGACAUGUACCAGCACCUGAGGAGCAUGGGCUACUUCGUCGAAGUCCUCGGGUCCCCCUUCACGUGUUUUGAUGCUAAUCAGUACGGAACGCUGCUCAUGGUGGACAGUGAGGAGGAGUACUUUCCGGAGGAGGUGGCCAAGCUGCGGAGGGAUGUGGACAACGGCCUCUCACUCAUUGUCUUCAGUGACUGGUACAACACAUCUGUGAUGAGGAAAGUCAAGUUUUAUGAUGAAAACACGAGGCAGUGGUGGAUGCCGGACACCGGAGGAGCCAACGUCCCAGCCCUGAACGAGCUGCUGUCGGUCUGGAACAUGGCGUUCAGCGAUGGCCUGUACGAGGGGGACUUUACCUUGGCGAACCAUGACAUGUAUUACGCAUCGGGGUGCAGCAUUGCUAAAUUUCCAGAAGAUGGCAUCGUGAUAACACAGACAUUUAAGGACCAAGGACUGGAGGUCUUGAAGCAGGAAACGGUGGUGGUUGAAAAUGUCCCCAUUUUGGGGCUGUACCAGCUCCCAGCUGAGGGCGGCGGCCGUGUCGUGCUGUAUGGAGACUCCAACUGCUUGGACGACAGUCACCGGCAGAAGGACUGCUUCUGGCUCCUGGAUGCGCUCCUGCAGUUCACGUCGUAUGGGGUGACGCCCCCCAGCCUCAGCCACUCGGGGGCUCGGCAGCGUCCCCCCAGCGGAGCAGGCUCGGCAGCCCCAGAGAGGAUGGAAGGGAACCACCUGCACCGGUACUCCAAGGUCCUGGAGGCCCGGCUUGGAGCCCCUGAGCCACGCGCACUGCCGGCCUGUCCGCACCUGUCGUGGGCCAAGCCACAGCCUUUAAAUGAGACGGCUCCCAGUAACCUUUGGAAACACCAGAAGUUGCUCUCCAUUGACCUGGACAAAGUGGUAUUGCCCAACUUCCGAUCGAAUCGCCCUCAAGUGAGGCCCUUGUCUCCUGGAGAGAGUGGAGCCUGGGACAUUCCUGGAGGGAUCAUGCCCGGCCGCUACAACCAGGAGGUGGGCCAGACCAUUCCCGUUUUUGCCUUCCUGGGAGCCAUGGUGGUCUUGGCCUUCUUCGUGGUGCAGAUCAACAAGGCCAAGAGCAGGCCGAAGCGGAGGAAGCCCAGGGUGAAACGCCCACAGCUCGUGCAGCAGGUUCACCCGCCAAAGGCCCCCUCGGUGUGACGUCCACCCGGCCGGCCGUGAGAGCCGGGGAGCGGCUUUGCGGGCAGCCACGGGGCGGGUGGAGCCGUGGGGUCUGAGGGGCCCCGGCUCGAAAGGGCUCAAGCCUUCAGCUGGGCGUCGGCAAUAGCUGAGAGCCUGUGCUGCACGGGGCUGGGGCCACUGGAGGGCCCCAAAGGGCAGCCUGGAGUCAGACCUCGCCGGCCGCCCAUGCACCAAAGACUAAGACGAUGUCUAAAGGCUAUUGGGGAGGAAGCAGCUCUGACCAAGCCAGACGUGCUCCAUAAAGGCUAUUUUCUAUAUUUAUUGUUGGGGAAAAGUCACUUUAAAGACUUGUGCUGUUUGGAAGCAAAGCUAUUUUUUUUGUCAAUGGAAUGCAGUUUUUUACUAUUUCAUCAUGAGGACUAACACAGAUGCUGCGAUCUCCUUUUUGAUGAAAGGACAGACUGAGAUUUGAAAGAAACUUGCACAAAUCUGUGAAACAUAGCCCUUCGCUUUAUUUUUAUAAGUAUCAACUGCCAUCAUGUUUUGUAAUUUGGGUCUUGAUUUCACCAUUGUCGGUGAAGAAAAUUUUCAAUAAAUAUGCAUUACCUGUAUGAAGCUAA